AUGUCAAUCGACUACGGAUAUCUUGUUCAGAUAGCCUGCACGGCGACGUUACUUUUUGUGAUCUUCUCGGCGGCGCUCUCGCAAAACCCGAUUUUUAUCAAUGGUCUCCUGGUUGUGGUGGUGGCGGGAGCGAUGAUUGUUUAUAUUCUGACGUUGCAAAUAGCCGUAACAGAACUGCCGGUGUAUUUCUUCGAAAUCGUCUUUGAACCUAGCAUGAAUAGGUAUUGCCUACUUUCUUUCUGGAUAAUGUGCGUGCUGGCGUCGAUCGCUUUUGGAAUUGUCAUCUCGCUUCAAGGACACUCGAGCACUGUUCAUCGAAAGUUCUUCCACUUGACCGUGUCACUCAUCUAUCUUUCUGGAAUCUUCCUGGAUCCAAAGUUUACCCAUUUAUGCGGAUGGUUAUGGGUGUGCAUCUUCGUUUGUUUUGAGGUGCUUCGUUUUCACUCAGUUCCGCCAUGGGGUGACCAUUUGAACAACUUUUUUUUGGUAUUCAAGGACGGUCAAGAUAAUAGUGUACUUUUAACGCCGAUCUUUUUGCUGAUUGGUGUAUUUCUGCCGUUGUUCUUGUCACCGAUUGAAGAAACGCAUCAACCACAUCUUUAUCAUCUGGCUGGUGUUGCGUCAGUUGGAAUUGGUGACGCGUUUGCUGCCGUCAUUGGCUACAAUUAUGGUUCAAUGAAAUGGCCUGGGCGAGAUAAAACGAUUGAAGGUACAAUAGCGAUGGCUGUGAGCGUUUUCGUGACACUUUUCUUGAGCAGAAGUUACUGUGAACCACCGAUAGCUUCAACGGCGUGGCUUCUGAUCAGCGCUGCCAUCUUGUCUGCAAUAGAAGCUUUCGUGAAAAAUGUCGACAACUUAUUACUUCCAGUCGUCGGCUAUUUUCUUUUA